AUGGAUGAAAUCCCGCCGACCACGCUGCAGCGCCUACUGGAGGCCAGCGGUCCGACGGCGGAAUUGUCCCUACCCUCAUUGCACUCCCGUACGCCAACGGCCGGGUCUCGCGUUGACAAAGGAAAGGGGAUAGAAACGAACCCAUUCCUUGAGGAUGAUGGGCCGUCGCAGUCCUCGCAGACCACUCAGGGCGUUGACGAGGACGCAGGCGAUGACUACGUGGCUGACCAGCCAGGUACUCCGCCCCCAUCCACAUCUCGUCGACUCCUCCGCCAAACGACCGCUACGCACACCUCGCUCCGCGACCACAACGGCGGGGUGAAGCGCAAGCGCACCAAGGCGGCGACCACACCCGUGGACGCUUCUCAGGAGUCUCCGCCCGACCGCGCUAAUGACGAUGCGCCUGCGCCCCCUAAGACCCGCUCGCCCGCGAAACCCACCAUGGCGUCUCUCCAGUCUGACAUCGUAGCCAUGAACUCCCAUUUCACGUCGUUCGUGCAGGGAGUCGAGGCCGACCGCGCCGCAACACCCGCAAUCAACGACCGCAUCCGCGAGUCCAUCUCGCACUCCGAAGAGCGAGUGCUGCAACAAGUGGUCGUGGCCAUCCGGAAGGAGCUCUCUACCCAUGUUGGCCAAAUCCAGGAAAGCCAUGCGGCUUUGAUCACUCAGUUCGACGGUCGACUCCGCGACAUGGCCGAGUCCGUCGAUGAGCUGCACACACAGGCCAUCAACGCCACUCUGCAGGCCACGAAGGCUCUCGAUCUUGCCUCUCGGCCACAGUACGUGCACGCCGACGCUGUUAUGCGGACCGACACCGCUGUCCCCGGACUUCUGGCGGGUGCGACUCCAGGCAACCAGUCUGUCCCACCGACGUCCAACUUCGCCACCUACCCCCUGGUGCAGCAGCCAUCCCCGCCCCCGUACCAUGCACAGAUGGCGGGUAGGAACUUCGACGCGCCCACGCCCUCUGCGUCCGCGUCUCAGCACAACCCGUACUUGCCACCUUCGGCGCAGAGCCCGAUGGACGUCUCCACCUCGUUUCCUCACGCCCCGCAGAACACCCAUGCACAGGGGCAGGCGUUCCAGGGUGCGCCCGCCGCCCAACCUCACGUCGGUGCCUUCGCUCCCCCGUCAACGUCGACGGGAGCCCAGUACACGUCGGGUGGGACUUUCACGCCGAAUGGGAACUGGGGGGCACAGCAAACGGCCCAACCUGCGCCCGCGCGGCCUGUGCCGUCCAACAGCGGUCCCAGUGUUGACGUCGUGUUCGGGUCGCACAAAUGGGGUGCGCACGGCCUUCGUAACGAAGUCAUCCAAGUGGGAGGCGCUGCCUUCCAACGCAAGGCCUUCCUGAAGGGCCGUAUCCAGAACGUCACACUCGAUGGAGGACCGCUUUACGUGUGCAUCCAGUUCGUCUCGAGGAACGACGCGAAGCUGUUCGUAGACACCUGGCAGACUUACCGAGGGCACUCCCCGCAGUACGCCGAGAUGACGGCGACGAUGCAACUGUAG